UCUCUUACUUUCUCUUUCUCAUGCCCUUGACACACUUGUUCUCUAAGAGUAACACCCCUUCUAGGUAUGUGCCGUGAGUCAGACUUCCCAAACGCGCAGCAGAGGACCAAUAGGAGGGAACACACAUAAACAAGACACUCCUCCACCAUGGAUCUACCCGAUGGGGACGACUACGAUUACCAUGACAACAUCACUUCCAAUUUCAGCUACGAGGACUACCACACCGUGUGCGAGAAGGCUGACGUGCGCUCCUUCGCUGGCGUCUUCCUCCCUGUGGUGUACGUGGUCUGCGUGGUGCUAGGGCUCGCCGGCAACUCUGUGGUGCUAGCUGUCUACAUCCACCACAAGCGCCAGAGGAGGACCAUGACAGACACGUUCCUGGCGCACAUGGCCAUAGCCGACCUCCUGCUGCUUGUCACGCUGCCGUUCUGGGCUGCGGACGCGGUGCGUGGCUGGGAGCUGGGCCCGUCCCUCUGUAAGAUCGUCUCGGCCUGCUACACUGUCAACUUCACCUGCUGCAUGCUGCUGUUAGCCUGCAUCAGCCUGGACCGCUACCUGGCAUCCACUGUGAUGUCACACCGGGACCAGGGAGGGCUGUGCCGGGUCUUCACCCGGGCCCAUUGUUGGAAGGUUUGCCUCGGGGUGUGGGCUGGCGCCGGCCUUCUGGGAGUCCCGGACCUCCUGUUCUCCACGGUGAUAGAGAUCUCCGGGAGGAGGGUCUGCCUGGCCCUCUACACACACAGUCUGGCCCAGGAGGCCAAGGCCUGCCUGGAGGUGGUGGAGGUCCUCCUGGGGUUCCUAUUGCCACUCGUGGUUAUGGCAUGGUGCUACGCCGGGGUGGUGCGGGCGCUGAUGCGGCUGCCGGUGGAGUCCGGCACGAGGAGGCGGAGAGCCAUUCGGGUGUUGGUGGUCGUGGUGGUCGUGUUCAUGGUCACUCAGAUGCCCUAUAACGCGGUGAAGAUAUGGCGGGCGAUGGACUCCGUCUACUCCCUGGUGACCAAGUGCGAGGCCAGUAAGGCUCUGGAUCGGGCAACCCAGGUCACAGAGAGCCUGGCUCUGACCCACUGCUGUCUCAACCCAAUUCUCUACGCCCUCCUUGGAACCUCCUUCAGACAGCACGCGUUGAAAGCAGUGAAGGCGUUUGGAGAAAGCAGGCGGCGUGGGAGACGUGAGGAGCAGAGGGAGGAGCAAGCUGUGGAGAUGUCCUUCAACAACUCUCACUCCGCCUCACAGGAGACAAGCAGCUUUAUUAUAUAAGAGGGAAAGAGGGAUAGGAGG